ACUCCUCCUACUCUAAUUCUUAAAAAAGCUGUUUUUUUGGGGGUUAGAUUUGGAGUGUAGCUGGUCGAAGUCUCCAGCUUCUAAAAAUGCAGAAUUCUGAUCAUGAAACGCAAGAUCAAAGGAUAACUUGCAACAUGGAGGAUUCCAAUAUGACCAUUGAAUUCCUUCGAGCACGUUUAUUGUCCGAACGAUCUGUCUCUAAAAGUGCAAGACAGAGAGCUGACGAACUGGCAAGAAGGGUAGCUGAACUGGAAGAACAGCUAAGAAUUGUGUCUGUCCAAAGGAGGAGGGCUGAAAAGGCAACGGCAGAUGUUCUUUCCAUUUUGGAGAAUAAUGGGGUAAGUGAUGUGUCUGAGGAACUUGAUUCAAGCUCUGACAAGGAAAUGCCUUUUAAAGAAGAGGAGAGCUCUGUCAGUUUGAAAGUGAGAAGAAAAGAGUCAGAGGAACAUUCAGGUUCGGAUGAUUUUUCUUCAGUAUCUGGUAGAAGCUUGUCUUGGAAAGGCCGCAAGAGUGCUUCUCAUUCUCCUGAAAAGUAUAAAGACUCACUUGUGAGAAGGCAAAAUAGUUUUUCAUCUAUGGGUUUUUCGUCCCCAAAACACCGCCAGGGAAAAUCAUGCCGGCAGAUAAGACGCCGGGAAUCAAGAUUAGCAGCGGAGGAGCCCAAAUCAGAUGAUGACAAGGCUGAUCCACCAGUAAAUGGACUUAUAACCUCACCUGAAGUUAAUGCUAAUCACUCUGAAAGGGAGAAAGAUAUGGAAAGGGCACUAGAACAUCAAGCACAACUGAUUGACCGUUAUGAAGCAAUGGAAAGGGCACAAAGAGAAUGGGAAGAGAAGUUCAGAGAAAAUAAUAGUAGUACACCGGAUUCAUGUGAUCCUGGGAACAACUCAGAUGUCACUGAGGAAAGAGAUGAGGUCAAGACUCAAACUCAUUAUGCAUCUGGGAAAGGUAGCUUACGAGUCCAAGUGACAGAGGGGGAACAUAUUCUCUUCUCCACAGAAUUACUUAAAACUCAAUCCCAUGACCAUGUUCCACCUUCACACGGUGAUAUGGAUCAGUUACAGGAUCGUAACUGUAGCAGCUCCCUUUUUCCUGUGUCCCUAAAUCAAACAUCCCUAGGUCCCAAGACAAAGGGAAAUCAUCAUCAGGAGAGUCUGCAGAGAAACCAUUCUCCUUUACACAGUUCUCAUGCACAUGGUUCUACGGGGAAACAGACAGUGCCACUCCUUACAUCUGGUAUGAGUGGAACAGAUACGGAACCUUCAGGAAACAAAAAUGAGAUUUAUGCACUGGUGCCACGUGAAACACCGAGCAGGUUUACCAAUGUGCUGGAUGCACUCAAACAAGCUAGGAUGUCUUUACAACAGAAAAUCAAUACAUCGCCGCUGAUAGAGGGUGCAUCUGCACUAAAAGCUAUUGAACCUCCUGUUUAUGGGAGAAAAGUUGGGGAGAGGGUAGAGAUUCCUGUUGGAUGCAGUGGACUCUUCAGGGUUCCAACUGACUUUUCAGCAGAGGUCUCAAAAAUGAACUUUCUGAGUUCAGGUCUGCUGUCGAGUUUGGCAAGCUAUUACCCUGAUGCAGGCAUUGCACCGACUUCUAGCAACCAUCUGCUCACCACUUCUUAUACCAACACUCAGUCAAGUAAUUCUAGUAGUUAUCCACCAGUUACUGGUGAUCGUUUUUACAGUAGCCCUUACGUGGAUGUUAGAUCAAGUUUUUCCACUGUCCCAACUGCAUCUGGUUAUAUAAACGAUGAUCAAAUUCUCACCAGUCGAUAUGCAGAGACAGGGUUGAGAUCCAUUCAAAAUCCACGUUUUGAUCCUUACUCGGAACCAGGCCCACCCUCAUCUGCACUGCAGAGUUAUCCAACUUUCCCCUCCUAUCCUGAUCAAGUGCCACAGAUACGUAGUAGAGAAGGAUUUCCAGUCUUACCCACAACCAGAUCAACCGGGGUGCCUCCUGAUCAGUUUUCAUUUUAUGAUAACCAUUUUAGACCAGAUACCCAUAGGUUGUAGCUUAUUUACAUUGCCUCUAAAUCAAGAAAGAUACUUGUUUCACAUGCACACUGGUCUAUCAUAUAUUUUCGAGGGCCAUUUCUGUAUGGGUAUAGGUAUCUCUUUCCCUUCUUGUUACUAGUUAAGGGUUUCCCAGGGGAUGCAGCCGUAUGUAUUGAUAUAUGUAUUUUCUCAUUAAUACUGUUUUUGACAAGAAAAACUGGUGUACCAGGUAACUUAUAUAUUGCUUAUUUUUCGUUCC